AUUUGUUGAUGUUAUUUUUCCCCAUUUGUUUUUGUAUAUAACUAGAUUUUAAUACUUACGCAAAUAGAUUUUUGGUCAAAAAAUUCUACCUUAUUUAGUUAUUUUUGAUCUGGCUUAUUUUUGAUUUGUUGGGGGAAAAAAUUAAGUAACCUUCGGGUUUGUGUUCUAUGACAAUAUGAGAUCAGGAUUAUUCGGAGAAAUUACUACCUCACUUGGAGAUAAAGAAUGGCCACAGGAUGUAGGUUUGUACAGAUCAUUAGAAGAACAAGAAAUUUUGGUUGAUAAAGCAAAAUGUUAUGUUGUUAAGGCUUUUCUUUACAUUCACAAUGUUCUUAACCAGACUAGAGAAUAUAGAAGAAUCAAUGCAAGAGACAUGUGUGUAAAGAAAGAUACUCUACCAUUUCUGCAAGUUUUAAACACAAUUGUUGGGGAAGAUGAUUUUUUAUAUUUUCUGAAUCAAAAGGAUCUGGAUUUAGACUGCAAUUUACCAGUUGAAAAAAUACUAUUUAUAAAUGGUUUAAUAUCAAUAAUAAAAACAAAGCUUAUUCCUAUUGAGUUAUAUGCACUUUGGAUGGUGGGAGCUAAUAAAAAAAAGACUCUUGAUUGCUAUGGGUUUGGUCAUCCAGAACCUUUAAAAAAGAUGUUAUGUUAUCAAAAAUGCAAAGAAGUUGAACAAUUUCUAAAAAUAGCAGGAUAUUUUAAUAAAAGCAAAGCUCAAGUUAUUACGGAAUUGUCAAAGAUACUGGAUUUGUUCGCAAAAAAGUUAGAAAAAAACAAAUAUAUAUCUGGAAAUGAAAUAUCUAAUGCAGAUGUAUUUAUUUAUGGCCAUAUACAAGCAAUUUUGGAAUCUAAACUUGAUGACAAUUUUUUACUUGAAACUCUUAAAAAUUUUCCAAUAUUAGAAAAGUUUUGUAUUAGUUUCAGUCACAAUAAUCUCGGAAACCAGUCAUUACUGGGGAGUAUAUUUGAAGAUUGUGCGUAAUCUCGGAGACUAGUCAUUACUGGGGAAUAUAUUUGAAGAUUGUGUGUAAACAAACUUUUAAAAUUUUGUUUAAUAUUUUAUUUUUUGACAACCUAGAUGUUUAAAAUGUAUUUUAUUGUAAUUUUAAGAUUACUUAAAAUUUGUAAAAAAAAAUUUACAUGGUAGUAACCAUUAGCAACGAUAAAAAAACUUA